AUCUGAGCCUCACAUUUAAGUGUGCUCUCUGUACUGUGAGUGAUGCUUAUCGAUUCUCAUUGUGAUUACAACCACAAUUGGUGUGUCAAGUCCUGCGAGUUGGGGCUUGAGUUAUUGAGCUCUGUCAGCUUUUGUAAAGAGAAAAUACAGCUCUUCAGAUGACACACUGGUGCUUUCAUCCUGGUGCCACUCAUGCUCAGAGACACAGCAUAGACCUCCUAUGGUGGAGGUGCCAGUUAUACUAGAUCUUAGCAGCCAGAUGAGUGAUUUUUCUUAUAAAGUAUGUUUUCUUUCGACAUGUCAGGGAUUCAUUGAUUCAAGACUCAAAACAGGGACAUUUUCUCAUGUUUUAUCAACUAACGAUCUGCAGUUUGCAGUUAUAAGCUUGUAAUCAGUUGUGAUUAAUCCUUGUAGUAGGUUAUUACAUUAAAACCCUCGCCUCGCGUAAUUACUGCUAAAUGAGGCUGAUGUGCAGCUGAUCUUUUGUUUGAGGUGUGGCAUCGCAAUCAUUGCUUCCCAAACAUACCGUCCAAUCACAAGUCCUUCAAAACGCUGAAACAGGACGCAUCAUUGGCUCAAGGUCUCGAGUACCUCCCAAAGUUUUUCGAACAACAAUUUUGACAACUUUUUAACAGCUUAUUCCGACAUCUCUCCCCGGAUUACUCAACGUGUGGACGCUGCUCCACCACUAGAAGUUAUGUACUCUCCAGUUUGGGAUUAGAAAUUCUUCACGGAUCAAAAAAAAAUAAAGAAAGCAUGUCUUCCCCUGGCGAUCGGAGGGACGAGUUUUCAACAUGGAAACGUGAAAUACAGACGCAGCUGAAGACGCAUGCAGCGCAGGUGUGCCUGCCUUUUAGCGUGGAGGCGCUCAUGUCGGACUGCAGGCCACUGAAAAUGACGGACAGAAAAGAGGGGAAAAGUCACUUUUUGGACGAUCAUCAGGUUCGCAGGCCGGAUCAAUUCCCCCCGAAAUUUUCAUCCAUCAAAUCAGAGCCACCAGAACGAGAGGGCUGUGAGUCCUGGAAAUCCACCCCAAUGAAGAUGAUAACAAUGCCUCCUAGGCAGCUCAGUCCAGCUGUCUGCUCAUUGAGGAAGCACAAAACCAACCGAAAGCCUCGCACCCCCUUCACCACUACACAGCUAUUGGCCCUGGAGAGAAAGUUCCACCAGAAGCAGUACCUAUCCAUCGCAGAGCGGGCCGAGUUCUCCUCAUCCUUGACGCUGUCCGAGACCCAGGUCAAGAUCUGGUUCCAAAACCGACGAGCUAAAGCCAAAAGGCUGCGGGAGGCAGAGGUGGAGAAGCUCAAAAUAGCAGCUGGUAUUGGGCCAAAAGCUGUGUUUAACCCUGACUUCUCAUCCUUCAGUUUCCCCCUAAAUUUGAACCUGCAGGCAGGACCAGCAGCACUCUUUGGACUGGGAUGCAGCCCUCUUCUCCCAGCUGCACAUAUGGCCAUGUACGCCUCGCAGGUCGGCCUGUUCCAUCUCUCCUGAGAGGGAUCAACUACACAGAGACAAAGUAUUGCUGGAUUGGGUGUGUGUCAUUAAAUAAGAGGGAGUGUAGCAUAAAGUGAUGCACGUUAUGAAAGAUUUGAUUUAGGACUCUGACCUUUUGAGCAGGUUUUAUAAACUUUUGUCUACUCUCCUGAGAAUCUAUCAAGGAAAAGGAUACAACUAUUUUGAAGAUCAUUCUAAACUGUUUAUGUAGAAAGAAACUAUUUUUCAGUUUACCUUUGCUGACUUUGCAGGAGUGACAUAAAAAUGGAUAUAUUUUUGAUUUGUGUCUGGAGUACCAGCUAUUUAUGUAGACUUUCCAUUAAACACAGGAAUGUUUUCAGACACACUUGGUUGCAUGUGAAAAAUGUGAGAUGCAGGUGUUUGUACAUGGAAAAUUAGAUUGUAGAACAUUCUUGUGCAUUCAAAUGUAUAGAUUUCUACAUGCUCUUUUUUGCAUCUUGUGAGAAGAGGCAGAGCCAGACUUUUUUGACUGAGGUGGCAAAACAGGGACUGGCUGUUUUAGGGGUGGCCCGGCAGGAUCUACAACAGAGGCUUACCCCAAAGCUUGAAGGGCCAUCAUUCCUCCGGGGACAUUAAUAUCUAUAUUUUGCCAGAUAUAUAUUUCAAGACGUUUUAGAUAUGUGUAUAAAUAUAGAAUGCCAAAAAGGUCUGCAAAACAUUUGAAAUAAAGGUAGAUGACACCUAAAAACAAUCUUCCUUUAACAGCCUUUAUAUUUUCCAUCCAGCCUAAUUGUUCUUUAAGUUUCUCCAUCAUUCUAAAUACUAAUAUUUUUCCCUCCUAAGAGGAUGCAUAAACUGUCAGACGUUUCUAUUUUUAAGCAACUGACAUAGAUGGGGUAAGAAUUCUGUGUAAAAGUUUUGAAUGGUGUUUUUCUGUUUGAAAAGGACAUUAAAGCAGAAUGACAGACCAGUAGG